GAAGAUGAGCCUCACCUUUUAAGGGCUCUUCCAGUCUGCGGAGGUGCCCCAGAAACACAACGCCAAUCGUCUCUUUUCUGCUAAACAGGAGUUCGGUUAGGGAUGCUGGGAGUCGUGGUAGCACUGCUGAUGGUGGGCAUUUCAACAUGGGCAUAUACCGCCAUCAAGCCUCCCCCUCCAAAGCGAUGUGGUUCCCCAAAUGGCCCUCCUGUUACUUCACCAAGAAUCAGAUUAAGCGAUGGAAGGUAUCUCGCUUACAAAGAGGCUGGCGUUCCCAAGGACAGAGCCAAAUACAAAGUCAUUCUCACCCAUGGCUUUGACAGCUCUAAAGACAUCUAUCUGCCUCUCUCUCAAGAGUUGAUGGAGAACUUGGGCAUAUACAUUGUUACAUUUGACAGAGCUGGGUAUGGGGAAAGUGAUCCAAACCCAAUGCGGUCGGUCAAGAGUGAAGCUUUCGAUAUUCAAGAGCUUGCAGGGCAGUUGGAGAUUGGACCUAAAUUCUACUUGGUUGGGGUCUCCCUCGGAACGUACCCCACUUGGGCUUGCCUCAAGUACAUACCACACAGGCUGGCCGGCGUGGCUCUCAUAGUUCCUGUCAUCAACUAUUGGUGGCCUUCUUUUCCGACUAAAUUGUCUGCUGAGGCCUACAACAAGCAGCUGAAGAGGGACCAGUGGAAACUUCGCAUUGCACACUAUGCCCCUGGGCUAGUGUACUGGUGGAUGACGCAGAAAUGGUUUCCUUCUUGUACUAUCAUGGAGAGGAACCCAAUAAUUUUCAGCAAACGCGAUUUCGAAACCAUAAAGAAAAUGUCACAAAUCCAAAUACCCGGCGAGGAGAAGAUACGGCAGCAGGGUGUUUACGAAUCGCUCCAUCGAGACUUAAUGGUCGGCUUUGGUAAUUGGGAGUUUGACCCGAUGGAACUCAGAAGUCCAUUCCCUCACAAUGAAGGUUCUGUUCACCUCUGGCAAGGUCAUCUGGACAGUCUAGUACCAUUUCAAUUGCAGCGAUAUGUUGUGAAGAAGUUACCAUGGAUACGAUAUCACGAAGUCCCCAACGGUGGUCAUUUGCUCAUUCAUGACAACAUUUUAUGCGAAGCCAUCUUCAAAGCACUUUUGCUUGGAGAAGAACCCUCUUCCAUAUAACUCUGCUUCUCUCAAAAUGGUGCUUCUUUUUUCUCCCUUAACAUGAUCUUCAGUGAAGUCCAAUAAAGUCAAGCUUGAAAACUAAUUACGGGUGUUGCUUUGCACUUGUUUUUGUAAGUUCAGAUAGAUUAUACAACCAUCUUUGGCUGUUAUAUAUGCAUUCAUAUGGAGUUAAGGGAUUGUGAAAGAUAUUUCAUUAGAAAUAUUUUUGUAAUUGCUGGACUCAUAUUCCAACAUGAUGUGCUUCUAGUGUAAGGUAAAAAUGUUGUAUGUGGAGUGAUUUUUGAUA